AUGCUCGACAUCCACCGCCCCUCCUCCGCCCCCGACACGAAAAUCUUCUUCUCCCACAGCCUCCUCCCCAGCUACAUCGACCCGCAAAAUGUCUCCACGAAAAAGAAACCCUUCUCCGCCUUCUCUGCGCAGAAAUACAGCCACACUGUCGACCUCAUCCUGCCCGAAGAAAUGUACGAGCUCGUCAAGAACGAAUUCCACCGCGCCGACAGCCCCGCCCUUACCCAAUACGCGCGCGUCCACAUGUCACUCUCCGAAAUCCUCGAAGCCGACUUCCUGAACACGUAUAUCAAACAAGGCAACAUUAUGAUGCUGAGCGAAGGACGAGCCUUGUUGGACGAUCGAUUCGAGCUGUAUAACGGUGUGUUGCGCAUGGAGCUUACGCGCCCGUCGUACGAGCGCUGCGGGUUGCAGGGUGUACCCGUGGAAGACGGGGGAAGGAAACACCAAAAACAGCGGUGGGUUGUUGAAUACGAUUUACGGUUUGGGAGGUUGGAGUGGGCGGCGAGGAAUGUGCUGGAUAAGAGUCUGACGUGGUUGUUUUAUAAUGCGAGUCCGACGUCGAGGGAGGCGCUGGGGGAGGGCAGGGAGUUGAUUGAGAAGCAUGCGCCGUGGGUGUGCGAUGUUCUGCCUGAGGAGAGGAGGUUGGGUGGGGUGCGCGUGCCUAGGGUGAGUGUUGCGGGGCUGAAGGAUGUUUAUGAUGAGGAUGAGGCGAUGGGGCUGCUGGAGUGGAUUCACAUGCUUCAGUUGGGCUCUCCAAGGGUCGAGGUGGGCGAUGAUAUAAACCCGCAUUUGUCACGCUACGAAGUUCCUGAUCUGGGUCGAGGCGUUGGGGAGAGGGGUAUGGUUACGGUUCGGUGGAGGGGCUUCAUGGGACCGGCUUUUAUGCGCGAUCUUUUUCUGAUGGUGAGAAAGGAGGGGUUUAAGAAGAGAGAGAAGAAGGUUAAUGGGACGCAAGAUAUGGAUGUGGAUGUGGAUAUGGAAGGAGGGGAUGGGAUGCACGGCGAAGAGGCAGAUUGGUUCGCAAUGAGCGCGCAGGCUUUUGGGGGCAAGCAUGCGUGGACGGUGAUGCAGUUUGAAGGGCGGGAGACGCUGGUCUGGGAGAUGGAGGGUUGA